AUGACGGCAAAAGUGAAGAGGCUUAGAAUAUGGGACAUGCAAAUGGUUACUGCUGACAUGGGAACUGUGGUUGCAAUGUCCACCAGCCGUGUGGGUUUACUGAUCUUUGUCUAUUGCACAGCACUGUUUUGUAUAGGAGAGACGCUCGGAAAAAAGUCUUCUAAUCAUGACAAUGAAGUAAGAAUACAUUCAGAAAACAUCACACGUAUUCUCGAUAGACUUCUUGAUGGAUAUGACAACAGGCUACGUCCCGGGUUUGGAGGUCCUGUCACUGAAGUGAAAACCGACAUAUAUGUGACAAGUUUUGGUCCUGUAUCUGACGUUGAAAUGGAAUAUACCAUGGAUGUCUUCUUUCGUCAAACUUGGAUUGACAAAAGGUUGGAAUUUGAAGGGCCCAUUGAAAUCCUUAGACUGAAUAAUUUAAUGGUCAGUAAGAUUUGGACUCCGGAUACUUUUUUCAGAAAUGGAAAAAAAUCUAUUGCUCACAACAUGACUACUCCCAACAAGCUUUUCAGGAUCAUGCAAAACGGCACAGUACUUUACACAAUGAGACUCACCAUAAAUGCUGCGUGUCCUAUGAGAUUGGUGAACUUCCCAAUGGACGGACAUGCGUGUCCCUUGAAGUUCGGCAGUUAUGCCUAUCCAAGAAGUGAGAUCAUUUACACCUGGAAAAAGGGUCCCUUGUACUCAGUAGAAGUACCAGAUGAAUCUUCGAGUCUGCUUCAGUAUGACCUUGUAGGCCAAACAGUAUCCAGUGAAACUAUGAAGUCCAAUACAGGUGAAUAUUCCAUGCAGAUAGUCUAUUUUUUGCUACAGAGAAAACUAGGCUAUUAUCUCACUCAGACUUACAUCCCAUGCACCAUGACUGUAGUUUUGUCUCAAGUUGUGUUCUGGAUAAACAAAGAAUCUGUCCCUGCUCGUACUGUGGCUGGUAUAACAACAGUCUUAACCAUGACUACGCUAAGCAUCAGUGCACGCCACUCGCUACCCAAAGUGUCCUAUGCUACUGCAAUGGAUUGGUUCAUUGCUGUAUGUUUCGCUUUUGUCUUUUCUGCACUCAUCGAAUUUGCAGCUGUAAACUACUUCACAAAUCUUCAGGCUCAAAAAGCCCUAAGGAAAACAGCUCGAACAGCAGCAUUGUCAUCACCAAUGGCUGUGUCUGAAUCAGAGAAGAUAGUUUCGCAUUCUGAUUCCAAUUGCAAUUUAAAGAAAAGAACUCUGUCAUUGGCAUCGCAGAAAGAGUCAUCAGCAAUUGUAGAACCAGAUACGAACAGCUGUGCCGACCAUGUGUCACCAAUUCCAUGCACCCAUUCUGGUCUCAGUUCAUUGCCACAACCACAACCUGAUACUGGAACCAGCAAGAUAGAUCAAUAUGCCAGAAUCCUUUUUCCAUUGUCAUUUGGAGCAUUCAAUCUGGUGUAUUGGAUAGUGUAUCUUUCAAAAGAUACUAUGGAAAUGGGAAGUAAUAUAUAA